AUGAUGGAGCCGCAACACGAGUACAAGAAUGUUUCCGCAGUCGACCACCACGAUGACGAUUCUUCGACCGAAGUGGAAUCCCUUGUUGGCAUGGAGAAGCAGUGGGCGGCAGACACAUUUACCAGAAGGAGAUCGAAAAGAAAUGCCUGCGUCGGUAUACUCAAAGCAUCGAGGUGGUUCGUGGUCAUCGGGCUGCAGUUCAUCAUGGUAGGCCUGCUGGCGAAAGAUCAAGGGAUGCUGCGACAGCUUGGCCUAGGAAGCAAGAGGAGCAGCAGUGCAUCAGAUGUUGGAGGCGACGUGACGGGAUGGGGACCUCAUAUUCCGACCCAAGUCACGAAGUUCCAUGUCAACCAAACCUUCGCGCCCAUGAACACCUCGGAAUUCUUCACUCCUGAGACUCUGCAUGCCUGGAACGAGCUCAUGCCCAAGGGCAUGGGCUUCCAAUCCAUUUCAGACCCGGAGAACUACCACGAUCUACCUACUCCUAUCUCGUGGCCUAACCAGACCGUUUUCACCACAUCGAUGACCCAUCAAUUGCACUGUCUGUUUGCAGUUGUCGAAGUUUACUCGGCCAUGACCUCCAACCACUCCCUUUGGGACAUCACAUCCAUGCCGGAAGACCACCACUGGCACAUGAUCCACUGCUUCGACUACAUGCGACAAGCGAUUCUGUGCAGCGCAGACAUGAGCUUAGAGGGCUUGGAGACCACAUUCCCGGAUCACAACGGCGGGAGUGAUGGUUGGGACAGCAAGCACGUCUGCCGGGAUCCCAAAGAAGUGCGAAAGAGGCUGGAGAGUGUGCGGGCGUAUGAUGACCAGGAGAUCUUUUAG